AUGCAUCAAAGGAGUUAUCAAGGAAGUUGUGGUUAUCAGAAAGGAUCAAUUAUUUCAGAUGUGGAAUCACAAGAUACUAAUUGUGAAGAACUGGUUAAAGAUUUGUUAUCAAUUGUUACCAUGUUCACAGUCAAACAUAAUGAUGCACAAGAUUCAUUUGUAUCCCAAUACGGAACAGCAAGUAAUCUUGAAGAGAUGAAUGGGCAUGUUAAGAUGGACCUACAAUCAGAGUCUGAGGAUUUACAAGUUAGGAAUAAAGAACCUACA